CCACGCGCCUCUGACCGUUCAUUCAGCACCACAGCAACAGAACAGCGACCACGCCGUGCACAUCAACAACGGACAAGGGAACGGUUUAUUUAAAAGCUGAAUAGCAGUCGUUUUGAUGGUGCACAUUUCAACGAUUUAUCCAAUCUCAUCUGGACGCCUCGCGUGUUUGUGUUGAUGUCUGUGUUUACUGAAGGAAUACACGCGGAAUAACGGAACGUCAAUUGUGAUGUGAUCGAGAGCAAAACUCCGCUGUGUAACAUACUUUUCGCGGUUCCUCUUUCGUCGUAAAUCAUGAAAUACUUUAAGAUUGUCUGUUGUUCCGAAAGCGCAAACAUCAAUCGAGAAAAACAGAAUCGCGACCAGCUCUUGUCGAGGCGAGCGGUCCGCCACACCUGACUGCUUUUGCCCUGCCUCCGGUUGUGACAUGAAAACUCGGACCAGAAAGAAACGGAUGAAAGGGCGAAGAGCUGUAAAAGGCCAUGCGGAUUUGAAAGGGUACAUAUCAGACUGAAGUGGGAGCCCAAAACAACCCUUAAGCCCGAUCGCGAGUGACAAUCAAAGCAUGGGCACACCGAAGAUCAAGAGAUGGUCGGAGGUCUUGCAACCUGUUGUUGAUCCCGAGUAACUAGAGAGUUAUUUGAUACCUGUUGAUCAUAUCUAAAUGGCAUUGACUUGGGGGAACGCACGUGCUUUUGAUUGACACCCGUUUAUGUCUUGUUGUUGAUUUUUUUAUUAUUAAAAUAGCCUACAUUUGUUUUAUUAGAGUUGCCUAUCACUAUUUUGGGCGCGUGGACUGUACAUGAGCUUAUAUCGACGCGUUUUUCCGGACAUUUGAAAGUAUUAAACACCCUACUUGGUUGGUUGGCCGAUUACCCUGAUUCUGACCCUCUCUAGCCAUGGGUUGCCUUCAGAGUGUCGCCUGCAAGCCACGAAUCAAACGCGAGAACAUCGUUGUUUAUGACGUGUCUGCUACUAUUGACCAUUGUCCGACAGUGAUCGAGGAGAAUUCACCCAUAGUGCUCCGCUACAGAACCCCGUACUUCAAGGCCUCCGCCCGGAUAGUAAUGCCGCCGAUCCCUCGAAAUGAGACAUGGGUUGUGGGUUGGAUUCAAGCCUGCACUCAAAUGGAAUUUUACAACACUUAUGGAGACCUCGGCAUGUCAAGCUGGGAGCUGCCAGAGUUACGAGAAGGACUGGUUAAGGCCAUCAGCGACUCAGACGGGGUGAGUUACCCGUGGUACGGAAACACGACGGAAACGGUGACUCUCUCCGGCCCCGCAUCCAAACCCACACGCUUCUCUGUCAGCAUGAACGAUAACUUCUACCCCAGCGUAACAUGGGCCGUACCGGUGAGCGAGAGCAACGUGCCUUUGCUCACGCGGAUCAAACGCGACCAGAGCUUCACCACUUGGCUGGUGGCUUUGAAUAUGGCCACGCAGGAGAAGAUCCUCCUGCAGACAGUGAAGUGGAGGAUGAAAGUGGACAUCGCCGUGGACUCCUCCAAGCCACUGGGAUCUCGAGCAAGACUCACCGGCCGGGUGUACCAGGACCAGCCCAAGGUGUUGACUCAUAUGGAGCCGAUCCCCCUUAAAGCUCUGGGCAAACCUAAUGCUAAUGACGCUCAAGUGCUAAUGUGGAGGCCCAAGCGAGGACCGCCAUUAGUGGUGAUCCCCUCCAAGUAGCAGGUUGUGGGAAAACAUGAAAGUUUUCAAAUCAAAAUUUGCCUUAAAACCACACUACUGCCUUUUAAGAGAUGCUUGGUUCUCAAAUGGCCAUUGAGACACUUACGGCGACAGUUCAUUUAAAAAAAAAAAAUCAUAAUUACAAAAUAAUUUCAAAUUUGAUGACUUUCGUUCCUUGUG